AUAAGUAUAUAUUAAAUAUAAAUUUCCUAGAACCUUAAAUUUUAUUAGUUUGAAGAAUAGACCGAAUACAAUUCAGUGGCAAUUAAUAAUUAAGUAUCAACACAACAAUGAACAACGCAACAAUCAUUGUUGAGCAGUCACAGAACUUUCAAUUUCUUUCCGUUUGUCACUACAUUAAUCUUCUUGGUAUUAUUUUUCAUAAUAAAAAUUAUAUUACAUUUGAGCAGCAAAGUCAAUCUGACAUUGUUGUCAACACUUUAAUUAAGCAUCUAACGAAAUCGAAAAAUGAAACCCGCCUGAAAAGUUACAUUCUAAGAGCAUUACUAAAAGGAACUGAUCUCUAUGGUGGUGAAGAAGAUGAAAAACUUGACAUGAAAUAUGUAAACGAAACAUUUAAGUACUUCAUUAAUGGCGUACUGUUUCCCAACUAUAGCAACAUUAAUUUGUAUUUGGCUGAAAUGAUUCAGAAUUCAGAUAAUUUAAAUUAUUCAAUUUUUAAGAAAACCGUGUAUAAUCAUCUCUUGCAACAUCACUUCAAUUGGGAAUAUUGUUCGCAAAAAAAUUACACAUCAACACUACCUCAAUUGACAAUUAAAAAAAUUUUCGACGACUACAUUUGGUCAAUUUUUCCCCAACCCGAAGAAGACAUGAGCAUAAUGGACGUUAAAUACAUUUAUUCAAUGGUAGGUUUAAAUAUCCUCAGGUCCACGUCAUCGGAUGAACCAAAUCUUUCGUUCUCGGAAUAUAUUUUAAUCACGCGACAACUUGAUUUGCAGCAUAUCGAUAAUGAAACCUAUAAAAUUGUAUUACCGUAUUUCUCAACUGCAGCUUUAUUUUUUUAUGCCUCUAAAAGCAAAGGAAUAAAUAAAAUAAAUUUAAAUGAUGAAUUUUGGAGAGAAGCUUAUAAAAUUUUAUUUACCGAAAUUGAUAUCAAAAUAAAUGAAAUUGUAAGUAAAGAAAUUGAGAAUAGUUUGCCUUACAAACUGGAAAGGGAAAUCAAUAAUACCAAAACUCGAACGAUGAUUGCCCGAGAAAUACUUAGUCUUUAUUGUUUUAAUGGUAAAGAGAAAGACGUACCUGACAAAUUUGUGUCCUAUUAUAAAACACUGUACCUUUGGAUAACAAAACUUAUAUUCAACCUUUAUCAGUGUGAUACAAGUUUUUUACCAGAUUUAGAUGAAGUAUAUGAUAAGCGAUUUCAAAAAAUAGAGAAAAUGUACAAAGAAAUUGAAAGAAAUGCAAUUACAAAAGUCUUAACCGACGGUGGAUUAUUAGAAAAAAUAAAUCCAAAUGUUAUAGUGAGAUCUGCAAAACUACCAAGUACAUUUCCCAUUGGUUGUAACACGUGUUCACCUGUGGAGCGAGAAAUAAACCAAGACAUAUAUGUAAUAUUUGCAAUAAUUGAAAACGAAAAAAUAGAAUAUUACGCUAUUAGACAGAUAAAAGAUGAAUUGACAUUAAUUACAAGCAAUGGAAAUGAAAAAGAAUUUGUUAGAGCCAUUUCUAAUACUACACAUUUAAAAAUGGAAACUUCAUCACUUUCCACAAUGUAUAAACAUCAAAAUGAAAAUUAUCAAUUUUUUGUUGAAAGAAUUGCCAAUAAGAAGACAAAGGCAUUUAUAACAAUGCUAAAAGCUCAUUAUAGGGAGGUAACUGUUGGGGAAAAAAUUUUAAAUUUCAUAAAAAGUUUAAUUCCAUUAUACAAUUGUAUUGAGAGUGCAAAAGCUGGUGACAAAGCUGGAGCCACUUUUAGUUGUACCAUGGAUAUUUUUAGUUUUAUUUCAAUUGCAGGUUUUGCUGUAUCAUAUUCAAGUAGAUUAGUCAACAGUUUUGUAACAUCAAUUAAUAAGAAUUAUUUCAUUAUAAAUGCUCUUGCAAAGACAUCCGGAAUUGUCACCAAAAUGUCAUUAACAACAGCGUUAAGAAAUAUUGCAACAGAUUCUGUUAAAACAAUUGCAGGACAAAUUCUAGCUAAAAAAUUCUUUAAAGAUUUAGCAAUAGCCUCCCUUCGAACACUUGAUCCUGGAUUUGAAUUACUUUACUCAAUGGGUCGUAUUAGUUUUAAAAUGUUGGGAAAAUUAUUUGAAAAUCUUAAAUUAAGUUUUAAAACUAUAUCAAUAGCUAAAAAUAUUUUAAUAUCAAUGGAAUUAUUAUUAAAGAAUAUGCAACGAAAUAUGCAUUUAUUAACCGAUCAAAUGGGAUUAGUACCAAAGGUUUUAGUCAAGCAAAAUAAUUAUGAAAUUGUUAGAUACUUUUAUCCCAGUGGUUCACAUUUAUUUGGACCUGAGUGCAUAAAAUCAUUUGGAAAAAUUGCCGAAUUAAGAACCAUACAAGGAGCUUCAUAUAAGGUUCCAGUUGUUCCAGUAAAAUCACCAAAUGAAAUUUCUUAUAAACAAUAUAUUCCAGAAACUGGUGAUAUAAUUGGACCCAACAUAAAAAUGGAUAACAAUGAUCUUCUUCGUCGAGUUAAAUUUAUGGUAGCGGAUAUGGUGGCUAAUGGACGAGAUAUGAAAAUAACUCGUAAUUAUUAUGUCUAUCAUAAUAGAAUGGAGUUUAGAUUUACACCACCGAGGGAAAACUUGCCCGUAGAUUUAAAUCAACAACUGAGAACAGUGGAAAAUAAUUCUCCACAAUUUAUUAAUCUUCAUCCUCAUCCACUUUCAGAUUCAUCCAAUGUAUUAAGAAAAAUAGAUUAUAAUAUUCAGUCAAACAACGGAAAAUUAGAGAUAACAAAAGUAUCUCAUCCACUUACAGAUUCAUCCAAUGUACUAAGACAAAUAGAUCAUAAUAUUCAGUCAAAGAAUGGAAAAUUAGAGAUAGAAGAAGUAUCAUCAAUUUCUGAACAGUAUCAACAUAAAAAAUUUGGUGUUCGUGAUAGAAAAAAAGUAGAUAAAAUGGAAGAUAUAGAAAAUAUUUUAUCACAUCAACAAAAAGCAGAAGAAUCAUUGAUUAAUAUUCCUAAGAAUUCAAUACAAAUUGUACAUGAAAAACCAUACACAGUCAUUGAAAAAGGCGAUAUAUUAAAUAGUUUUGAAUACUCAACACCACAUUUGCAAAGAUUGCAAGAAUUUGUCGAUAGUAUACCAGGAACGUCGAGACAAACUUUAAAAAUUACACCAAAUGUAAAUAAUGGAAAUGUCGAAAUAAUAGCAGAGGGUUACGAAAAUUCUUCACCAUAUAUGAAAAAAGUACAAGAAAUAUUGAAUGAAGAAAAAAAUAUAAAUUUAAAUCGAAAAAAGUUAGAUACAAUAUUAGAAGAUAUAGAAAGUAUUGCAUCACAUCAACAAGAAACACAAGAUUUAUUUAAUAUCCCCGAAACAUCGAGACAAAAUGUACAAAUUAAACCAAAAAUAGAUAUACAAAAAGUCGAAAAAAUAGCAGAUGAUUACGAUCAUUCUUCACUAUAUGUGAAAAAAGUAUUAGAAAUAUUAAAUAAAAAAAAAAUUAUAAAUUUAAACAAAAAAAAAUCAGAUACAAUAUUAGAAGAUAUUGAAAAUAUUGCACCACAUCAACAUGAAAGACAAGAUUCAUUAUCCAAAGGCUUAGAAAACUUUGCAUAUCUACAAGUAGAAAAAAUGUUGGCUAAUUCCGGGACUUUAAUAAAACAGUUUCAAAUUAAUCCAAACUUUUACGAAGCGAUGUUAAAAACCCCAACUUACACAGAUUAUGUAGAUGUAUUAAAAUUAUGGAAAUACCAAGGUUUAAAUGUUAUGAUGACAAAAAAAAAUGAAAUACAUAAUUUACGUUAUGCUGUAAAUACUUUGGCUCAUCUUCAAUUGAAUGGAAGAUUUCCGUUAAGAAUACCACAUAAACUCUAUUACUCUCAAACAAUAAGUGGACUAGAAAAUUUGAAUUUAUUAAGUAAUUUAAAAAGUAAAGAUUUUUUCUUCAAUGACAUUACUAUUUUAAAAAAUAAAGAAUCAAAGCUGCUAUCACAAUUAUUAGAUUCAGAAAUAGAAAUACGAUACACCUUAAUAAUUAAUUCUCCAUAUGGAUUUGUAGACUUAACUCAUUUUCAUGAAAACUUUAAAAAUGAUUAUAUAACAUUUGGAGACGUAAUAUUUACAGUAAAGGAUACUUCUUUUACUGCAAGUAAUAAAAUUUUAAAUAUUGAAUUAGAGCAAAAAAAAAUGUCAUUUAGUCAUUGGUAUCAAUCUGUAGAGAAGGAUUUUAAAGAAUUGUUAGAGGUAGAAGAAAAUUUACAAUUAUCAAGAAUGAAAGACAUUGAAAAUGCCGCCAGUUUCUUAUCCAAUAAUCGUCCUUUAACUACUUUAAAAUCUGCAAGAAAAUUGCUUGAAGAAUAUAUUUUAAGCACAAAACCAAGUUUAAAUGUUCCAAGUUAUGAUGAAUUUGCCAAUGAUAUAUUAAAUAAUCAACUUCAUCAUUAUUAUCAAGAUUGGAAAAUACCUGCACAUCCUUAUAUUCAAGAUGUGUUACUUAAAAGUCAUUUAGAUAAUAUUUUUACAGAAAGUGAAGCAAUAAAAAGAAUUGAGAUGAUAUAUGGUUUAACUUAUUUUCAAGAUAUAUGUGAAGCUUUUUCUAAAUAUAAUAAAAUCAAAGAUAUUAGACAGCAUCUUCGAUUUGAGGAUUAUUAUAUUUUAUAUUCCUACACGCAGAGAAAGAGUUUAUUAAAUAUUGAUGGACAAAGACGAAUGGAUGCUGCUAUUAAUCGACUUGCGCUUAGACAAAGUGACACAAAUAGAGUUGAUUUAAUGUUUCAUCGUGCUGAAAUGAUUAGUGAAGAUUAUGCUUUGCAUCUUUUAUCACUCGAGAGGAAAAAAUUUAUUACAUUUGAAGAGAAUAUAAUGUUGUAUCCAGAUCGUAAAAUGGAAUUAGAUAAUUGUCUAAAGAUGGCGCGUACCUCACAUGAAAUACCGUUAAUAAUGGAUAUUAGAUUAAAAAAUGCAGCUGGUUUUGCUGAUGUUACUAGUGUUAUUUCCGAUGAAACUCAUCCAUUUUAUGUUAUUACAUCGAGGUCUGAAUUUAUAUUGGAGAAUAAAGUAUAUAUUGACACAAUUAAUGGUCAGAAAGUGGUGAUUAUGAAAAUGGAGGAUAAUGGAAGUUCAAUGGAAAAAAGAAUGGUUAAUAUCGCAAAGAAUCUUGAGGAAUUAUUUUCAACAAAAACCAAGUUUUACUCGGAAUUUGGUAAUUAGAUUUUAGUAAAAUUUCUUGUUUUUUUUUUAAAUAAUUUUGUUUAAAAUUGUUACUUCUGUUCAAUUAUGCAUUAAAAAAAUAAUUAUAAACAAAUAAAAAUGUAAUAAUAAUAUAUACCUAUUAAUUUAUAAAUAAAGUUUUUUUAUAUCUAAAAAUUUCUAAUAUUUAUUAAAUUUUUUUUUAAAUAAAAUUGUUUUUUUUUGGUUAAAAAAAAUUGUUAUAGUAAAAUUAGGGUUUAGUAUAAAUUUAUUAAAUUUUAUAUUGAUUUUUAGAUUUAAGUAUAAAUAAGAUAAUUACGAUUGUUAGAUACAGUGAAACCCACGUAUAUCGGAUUUCAAGGGACCGAAAAAAAUCCGAUGUAAGCUGGAAUGCGAAUAUUGCGCGUCCGUUAUACGUGGGUUUUCACUGUAAUUUUUUUUUCUAGGGAAAUGUUUAAAAUCAUUUAUGUAAAGAAAGUAUUGUUCAAUAACCUUAACAUAAGUUUCAAAUAACAGAGGCAUAUAUUCUUGGCGCAGUGUAUUUUCUAUAGAAAAAAAUAUACUAGUUUGAAUUUUUUUCCACAGGG